AUGGCUGCCCACAUCUGCCCCGCGGACGACCUCUCCUCCUUCUCGUCCGCCUGUGUCCGCGAAUUCUGGGGCGCUGUACUGCCCGCCGCUGCCGUCGUCGCCGCCUUGCUCGUCUUGGUCCCUCUGCCAGCGCCGGCGCGCAAGCUCACCAGCAUCGUCAAGCAGCCCUUCAUCAAUUUCCUCACCCUCUCCGACGCCGAGGCCCUCGACGCGCGCUCGGACGACCUCGCUGAUGCUGUCGUCGACGCGCCGCCGCCAGUCCCGCUCUGGCGCAGUCUGCUUCUCUCGUGUGUCUCGCUGGCGGCCUCCCUGCUCUGGCUCGCUGUCGCCUGCUACACGCUCGUCGUCCGCUCUGAAAAUGCGCCUUCGGCGCUCCCGUCCUUCUUGCUCGCGUUCGCCUGGCUGUAUGCGGCCGUCCGCCCCAUCGUCUCCCCAACGGCGACGCCGCCCCCAGACCUCCUGCUGCUCUUCACCCUCCAGCUCGUGACCAGCGUUCUCACUUUCGGAGGCUUUCUCUUUGACCAUACUGUGCGAGGCCUCCCUCUUCCCGCCCCACUCGCAUUCACCGGCUAUGUCUCCCACCUGGCUGCUGUGCUUCUACUGCUUCUGGUCGUGCUCAACAUGCCUCUCGGGGUGCCGAGCGCCAGAGUCGACAAGGCCGACAUCGGCUUCUCCGUGUCACCCGAGGACUACACCACGCUCUGGGGCUGGAUGUCGUUCCGCUGGAUCCUGCCGCUCGUCGACCGCGGCACGGCCACCACGCUCAACGAGUCUGACGUCUGGAAGCUCAGCCCGACCAUGCAGGCGCGGCCGCUGUACAUCAAGUUCAGCCGCACCCAUCGCGCGACGCUGCUGCGCCGCUUGUGGGCCGCCAACUCGCUGGACCUGAUGCUGGACUUCGUGCUCACGUACGUGUCCGUCGUGUUCAACUAUGCCAGCCCGUUCUUCCUCAAGCGCAUCCUCGACUCGCUGGAGGGGCGCGAACUCCCUGGGGCUGACGAGCGGCGCGCGCUGGCGUACAUAUAUGCUGUCCUUGCGUUUAUAUCCACGCUCUGCAAGGCUGAGGCGGACGUGCAGCACUUGUGGUACGGCCGCCGCGCGUCGACGCGGAUCCGCUCCGAGUUGAUGGCGGCGAUCUACGACAAGGCGCUGAAGCGCAAGGACUUUUCGGGGAUCGUGGACAAGGAUGCAGGGAAGAACGCAAAGGGUCCCGACGCCAAAGGCGGGAAGGCAGACCCGAAGGCAGACGACCCAAAGGCCGGCGCGGAUAUUGGCAAGAUCGUGAACCUGAUGGCGGGCGACGCGAACAGGAUCUCGCAGGUCGUCUCCGGGUCGUAUUUCAUCUACGGAGCGCCGUUUGAAAUUGUCAUUGCGACGGUCUUCCUUUACCAGCUGCUCGGCGUGUCGGCGUUUGCGGGCUUCUUCGUGCUGAUCAUUGGAUGGCCGCUGAACAGCUUCGUCUCGAAGCGUGCCGUGCGCAUCCAGAAGGGCGUGUCGAACGCGCGGGACAAGCGCAUGGGCGUGCUGAACGAGCUCAUUGGUGCGGUGAAAUUCAUCAAGUUCUUCGCAUGGGAAGACGGCUGGAUCGCGCGUGCGAUGGCUGCGCGCGAGGUAGAGAUGCAGUGGAUGCUCAAAUCUCGCGUGAACUCGGUGUGCUUCUCGCUCAUCUGGAUCUGCGCCCCCAUCCUCGUUUCGGUCACGUCGUUCUUCGUCUACGUGCUCCGGGGACAUGAGUUGACCGUCGGCACGGCGUUCACGGCGAUUGCGCUCUUUGGCAUGGUCAGGGCUCCCCUCAACGUUAUUCCUGCGUGGAUAGUGCAGAUCCUCCAGGCCGGCGUUGCGAUGGACCGUAUCUCGACAUACCUCGAGGAGGACGAAGUCGACGAGCAAGUCUCGAGCCUCAAGCGUGGUGCGGUGCCGCCCUCCGACGAGGACGAGGGUCUCGGCAUCGUCAACGGCACAUUCAAGUGGAACGAGGUCGAGGAGACGAAGGAUGCCGACAAAAACAAGGCUGCUGCGAGUCAACCGUCGAGCCCGUCCGACGAGACGGACACUGCGGUGGACUCGCAGUCCACCGCCGGCGACCAUCGGUUCGAGCUCAGGGACAUCAACGUCAUGUUCCCUGAGGGCGAGCUGACGGUGAUCACCGGGCCGACGGCGAGUGGGAAGACGGCUCUCCUGAUGGCGCUGCUGGGCGAACUGACGAAGCUGGAAGGGCGCAUUGUGAUGGCGAAGAACCCGGCAAAGGUGGACGAGCACGGCUUGCGGCAUGCGAUUUCGUACGCCGCGCAGACGCCGUGGCUGCGGCACCAGUCGAUCAAGGAUAACAUCCUGUUCGGCUUCCCGUACGACGAGGAACGGUACGACGCGGUCGUCGAGUGCUGCGCGUUGAAGCCGGACUUGGAGAUCUUGGAGGACGGAGAUGCGACGGAGAUCGGUGCUCGUGGCGUGAGUUUGUCUGGUGGGCAGAAGGCUCGUAUAUGCGGUUGGUUGUUAUUGAGCGUAUGCGCUCCGACCAAGUAUGUCCUUCUGGAUGAUCCGUUGAGUGCGGUCGACAGCCACACGGCACGGUUCCUGUUUGAGCGACUGUUCCGUGGCCCUCUGCUGGCGAAUCGCACUGUGAUUCUUGUCACGCAUCAUGUGGAGCUUGUUCUUCCCGGAGCGCACUAUCUGGUACGUAUGCUUGAUGGGCGGAUCGACACCCAGGGCGUCAUCAAAGAGUUGCGCGCCCGGGGAGUCUUGGAUGAUAUCACGCACGAAGAGUCCGUCGAGGCUCACAAGGAAGAGCAAGCUGCCGAAGUGGCCGAGAAGUCAGACAACCCUAACGCAGAGGUCGACGCAGACGCAGAAGCCGAGAACGGCGACCCGAAGCCAGCGGACAAGAAAAAUCCCAGGAAGCUUAUUGAAGACGAGAAGCGCGAGACCGGGAACGUCAAGUGGUCUAUUUAUCACACAUAUCUGAAGGCUUCAUCGUACUGGACAUGGGCUAUCCUGCUUUUCUUGAUUGUCCUCACUCAGGUGCUUGGUGUGACGGAGAAAGUCUGGAUCAAGAUCUGGGGCGAGGCGUAUGGUACGGCCCAAGACACGAAUUCAUCCAUUUACGCGUUCAGCUCCUUUGCGACUCCCGAUCAUGAAAUGGUCAUGGACGACCACAUGUCGCAUCUCCGCCUGUCCUACAAAUCGCAUGCUCCUGUGCCUUUUGCCGGCACUGCGAACUUUAACUUGCCGCCCGCCCAGGAGCAGCCGUUCUUCUACAUCGGCAUUUAUGCGGUGAUUGCGCUCGGCGCAGGACUGGUCAACAUCUCCGGUGUGAUCACACAGUAUACUGGCGCUCUGAGGGCGUCUCGUAUUCUGUUCCGUCGACUGUUGGUCACAGUGGUGAGGGCUACGAUGCGUUGGCACGAUGUGACGCCGCAAGGGCGCAUGCUCAACCGGUUCAGCAAGGAUGUCGAGACGGUCGAUUCUUCCUUGGCUGGCACCCUUCAAGCGGUCAAUACUGCCUUGGCGAACUUUGCCGCCUCUGUCAUCACGGUCGUUGUUGUCUUCCCCCUCUUCAUUGUGCCUGCAUCGAUUCUGGGCUUUUUCUAUCGUCGUGCCGCUAUCGGGUAUCUGAACACCGGUCGCGACAUCCGCCGUAUGGAGUCCAACUCACGCAGCCCGAUUUUCGCCAACUUCAACGAGCUUCUGGAGGGCAUUGUCACCGUGCGUGCAUUCUCGGCUGAGCAAACCUUCCUGGACAACCUCUAUGCCAAAGUCGACCUCACUACCCAGAUGUGGUACACAUUCUGGAUGACCAACCGAUGGCUGCUACUCUACUUUGACGGGCUGGGCGCUGCCGGCGUGCUGGUGACGACGCUGUUUGCGCUGUCGGGCUAUGUGCGGGCUGGCACUGCGGGUGUCUGCAUCACCUCCGCGAUGGCGUUUACGACGAGCGUGUAUUGGGCAUGCCGGUUCUGGACUGCGUUGGAGCUGGAUCUAAACUCGGUCGAGCGGCUUGUCGAGUACCUCGACCUCCCGCAGGAGCCGCCUGCCAUUAUCGAAAAUAACCGGCCGCCGGCGUACUGGCCGUCGUCGACGGGCCCGAACAAGGACGCGAUGGUCCGGGUGGAGGAGCUGGUGAUCAAGUAUGCGCCGGAGCUGCCCGCGGUGUUGCACGAUGUGUCGUUCGCGCUGAAGGCGCGCGAGCGGGUUGGGCUGCUUGGACGUACGGGGAGUGGCAAGUCGACGCUGGCGAUGAGCAUCUUGCGCUUUGUGGACCCGACGAGCGGGCGUAUCCUCAUUGACGGCAUUGACAUCGCGACGAUCGGUUUGCACGAUCUGCGCUCGAGAAUUGAUGCCACACUGUUCUCGGGUACUUUGCGUGACAAUUUGGAUCCUUUCGGCGAGCAUGAAGAUGGCGAGUGCCUUGACGUGCUGCACCGAGUGCAGAUGAUCACGGAUAGCCAGCUGGCGUCGCAGAGGACGUCGCGUGAGGCGUCACGGGCGGCGUCGAUGCACGAGGGGCGCGAAGGGACGAUUGCGUCCAUGUCGACGACGGUGACGGAGACGGACCCCAAGACGACGAUCACGCUGGACACGCAGGUGUCGCCGGGCGGGACGAACUUUUCGCAGGGCCAGAGGCAGCUGAUCGCGAUGGCGCGUGCGCUGCUUCGCCGAAGCUCGAUCAUCGUGCUGGACGAGGCGACGAGCAGCAUCGACUUUGCGACGGACGCGAAGAUCCAGGCGACGAUUCGGGAGGAGUUUAACGACUCGCUGCUGCUGACGGUUGCGCACCGGCUGCGGACGGUGAUCGACUAUGACCGGCUGAUUGUGCUGGACAAGGGCGAGCUGGUGGAGUUUGACACGCCGCUGAACCUGAUUGAAAAGGAGGACGGGAUCUUCCGGAACAUGUGUAUGAAGAGCGGGACGUUUGCGGAGCUGGAGGCGGCGGCGAAGGCAAAGGCGGAGCGAGAUGCGCUGCCGCACUAG